UUAUAAUGAUAUUUAAUAAAACCAGGGCGAGUAUUCUGACGGAAGCGUUCACAGCUCUCAUCAUCACCUUCGGCCAACAUGUCCAUUCUGUUCAAUUUGAAUUUUAUUUUCCUUUUAGUGUGUUCAACACGCGCUUCAGUGAUCAGGAACAAUGACCUUUUCGAGUUGUCUGUGGUGCAUCUGAAUGAUUUCCAUGCCAGGUUUGAGCAGACGAAUAUGAAUGGUGCCGCCUGCAAGCCAGGAAAUACUCAAUGCAUUGGAGGCUUUUCGCGCAUGUACGCCACGAUAAUGCAGAUGUUGAAAGAAAACCCGGGUGCCGUUCUGCUAAAUGCUGGUGACGACUUCCAGGGCACGAUGUAUUACAGCUUAGGAAAAUGGAACGUGACUCAGGAAUUCAUGAACAAACUUCCGAUUGACGCGCAGGUUUUAGGUAACCAUGAAUUUGACGAUGGAAUAGAUGGUGUGGUACCUUACAUUAAGGCAUUAAAACAUCCUGUAAUCGUGUCAAACAUAGACGAUAGCUUGGAACCUAGGAUGCAAGGAAUCUAUUCCAAAAGCACUGUUAUUAAAAGGAAUGGGGAAAAAAUUGGGAUAGUCGGAGUUAUAGUUGAGAGCUGCGAUGAAAUAUCCAAUACAGAAAAAUUAAGAUUCCUUCCAGAAUCUGCCAGCGUGAAUGCAGAAGCCGAAAGAUUAGUGGAAGAGGAAGGAGUGUUCACUGUGAUAGUCCUCUCGCAUUCCGGAUAUGACCAUGACAGGCUGAUAGCUAAGAAUGCAUCGGACAAAAUUAGUCUGAUUGUUGGUGGCCAUUCACAUACUUUCUUAUAUACGGGAGAUAACCCACCUGGACCUGAAACAGCUAAGGGACCCUAUCCAACAAUUGUACAGAAACCAAACGGACACGACGUGCUUAUUACUCAAGCCUCAGCAUUUUCUAAAUACAUUGGAAACAUCACAGUUUAUUUAGAUGGAAAUGGGGAAAUUGCGGGCUACGACGGUGCCCCAAUAUUCCUUAGUCCAGAGUUACCUCAAGAUGAAAAAAUCAACCAAGACAUAAUGCCAUGGAAGAAAAUGAUUGAUGAUCAAGGAUCAAAAGUUAUUGGUUCCACGUUGGUGACAUUGGAUAAGUCAGCGUGCUACCAUGCAGAAUGUACACUUGGUAACUUCUUUGCUGAUUCAAUGGUUUGGGCGUACACAAAAAAGAGUGAUGAGUAUUCUUGGACAAAAGGGGCAAUCGCUGUUAUGAAUUCAGGUGGUGCAAGAACUACCAUUGAAAUUGGAAACAUAACAUUCAAUGACAUGAUGACUGCGGCUCCUUUUGGGAACACGAUUGAUAUAGGGAAUAUGAAGGGAAUUUAUUUGAAAGAAUUAUUUGAACGAAAUAUGUUUCCCUAUACCUAUUACGGAUACGCCAGCGGAGUGAAGCUGUUGCAAUAUUCUGUAAUGCUGGAAAAAUCCCGGAAACGGAUCAAGAAGUUUGCGACGAACGUACCAGGGUGGCGAGUUCUCAAUGGAAUGACGGGACUAUAUACCGGGUGUAUCAAAUUCUACUCUCACCAUUGGAAACGGGGUUCAAAUCGUUUUUGACAUGAGCCGUCCCCUUGGGAAGAGAGUAGUUUCAGCGAAAGUGAGAUGUCAGAACUGCACGAUUCCUGUAUACGAAGACCUGGAUGAAGAAAAAACCUACAGGAUAAUUGUACCAUCGUUUUUAGUCAAAGGAGGUGAUGGAUACAAUACGAUCAGAGACUAUUUGACUGACGUUGAGAUAGGUCCAUCGGACAUAGACGUUUUCGUAGAUUACCUGGCGCACAGAUCUCCUGUUUUCGAAGAGAUAGAAGGCAGAACAUUUAUUCGCCGUAGGGAACUCAUCGUAGAUAGGAACACCUGGAAUCCUGAAUAAUAGAAAAGUAGUACUAGAGCACUUAUAAACAUGUUUCGUAAAAGUAUCUAUAAUAACUUAUUUUGUUAGGUUUGCUGUUUCAAAAUAAAUAAUUUGUUAUAUGUAUGGUG